AUGACAGUGCUUGACAGAAAUAUCCAAGAGGUUCGUUUUUCAGCAGAUCUUGCUCUUUGCUCAAUGACCAAUUACAAGAGAAUCCCAAAGUACGUUCCAGUCCCUCGAAUAGCAUCCUUCAGAAUUUUUUACCUAGUUUUUAAGGAGUUCAAUGUAAAGGUUAAGUACUCAAGGUUCACCGAUCAGCCAGUCUUUCAUACAUCUAACCAGAGAUAUCCUAAGCCACUAUCUUCUGGAGUGGUUGCAUUACUUACUGAUUAUUUGUCACAUCUUAUAUUACUAGAUGUCAAAUUAAAAACCAAUUUGAUUAUUGCAAUUGUCAUGCACUGUCUGUUGAAAUUCUCUUCAUCUCUUCCAAUGAAACAGAGCAUUGUGACCAUGACUGUCUCACUGAAUGCUGGUAUUGUGCACUGGGAUGAAAAUGCUAAAUUUUUAAAAAUCAUUCUAAAUUACGACUUUAGUAGCAAUUAUUUAGACAGUGUAGGAUUUCAUUGCCAUUCACCACAGGAUGAAGAUGAUGACCAUGACCAUGAACAUGAUGACGACCAUGACCAGAUGGAUGGGCUUCGAGGGACCAUCGCCUCGUCGCUUGGCAGUCCCAACGGCCCACCCCCUUUAACGCCCAUUUCGCAGGCUCGACAGUGUCAGCUGUGCCUCGUGACGUUGGCAAAUGCAAACCUCUUGCGCCGUCAUGUUGAGGACCACCACUUUCACAUACGUAAAUAUGACUGUGUGCAUUGUGGAAAAAAGUUCAAAAGAAAAGAGCACAGGGAAAGACACGAGCGAAUACACACAGGAGAAAAACCCUUUGUUUGUCACAUUUGCAAUGCGAGAUUUACUCAGAAGGAGCACCUAAAGGGCCAUGUGGAGAAUGUCCACCACAAGCACGGUGAGAAAGGGAUGGACGACCUUGACCCUCUGGAGGAUCGAGAAGACCGUGACGAUGAGGAGAUGGAUAUCCCCCCUCAUGCUCCUCGCCCCCUCCUUCCUCAUCGACCUCAUCACCCACCCUCGCACCUGUGUCUUCCCUUAUCUCCCUGGCAUCGAGUGCCUCCCCGCUUACCUCAAUUCUCCCAGCCUCAUCGCUGGUCUCAUCCGCUGGGCUGUCCACCUCGACAUCCCUGGCCAAUGAUCUCAACAUGAACCAGUUCACAGCCCUAUAUGCGCCAGUGACGCGGAAGACUGUGAACUCGCCAAACAAACACAUGCAGACCAUUACCAUUAAUUUUAACUAGUGCCAAUUAGCUAAGUGCCUUUGGGUAUGU